AUGGCCCGAGCAGCGGUUAUCCCUCAAUCCCCGCCGAAGCGCGCCACGCGCGGCAGAGCUAAGGUAGCAACAACACAAACGAGCAAAUCGAGCGCGAAAGUCACCAGGGCCGCUGAAGUGAAGAAAAGAACCGGGCGGGCGGCAGUAGUACAACCACACUCCGAGGCAGAAUCAGAGGAAACAGAUGACGAGAUUGGGGUCAUUGAAAGUAAAAGCCGGGAAAAGACACCUGGGGCUAAAGGGAAAACCGCAACUUCCAGGACGAGUCGGGGAAGGAGAGCGGCUGCUACGCCGGACAUGGGGAGUGAGAGUGAGAACGACGAUAACGACGAACUAGCACAGUCAGAAGCACCGAAGAAACGGCCAGGGAGGCCAAAAACAAAGACCUCAGCCAAGGAGGAGAAUACGAAAGCAGCGGCAGGUUCGAGGCCUAGGGGCCGACCGAAGGGUACGUCCGUUAAGGUGCCUUCGGACGAUGAUAUAUUAAAGGAGAAUACACGGAGAAAUGCGCUUUCCCAGGACAGUGACGAAUUGUCGCCCUCACAACAAAGGCCUACAGAGAUUUUCGUAACCACAGGUUCUGCUUUGCUGCGUGGGCAAGCGAAGACAAAGAAGAAGGUCACCUUUCAGGAAUUGACUGAUUCCGAGGCGGAAGUGAGCGACACACCAGCUCCGAAUGCGCGACGAAGAAGAGGAGCCGUUAUCGCAAAGGAUUCCGGUGAUUUGGAUGCUAAACCAGUUCGUAAAGCCUCUGCGGGGUCAACGAGAGGUCGCAAGCCUGCGGCAGCCAGAAAGGGUAGCUCUAAGCCUCUGUCACCGAAGAAGGCUAUACAAGUAGCAAAGGCGAUUUCGGCGUACGCCAGCUCCGAUGGAGAAGAAGAUGAGUUAAGCGGCGAGAAGGAUGCUAUCAAGCUCGUGGUACAUUCUCCCCAGAAACGUACACCAGGCGUGUCUGGGCUUGGCUCGCCCGUGAGAAGAAUCAAUUUCACUCCGAAUAAGGUUUCAAACCCGGUUGAUGAGAAUGGCGAACCAACCCUUCCACCCCCAAGGACAUUUGACUUCGGUGACUCGCAGUUCAUGUCCAGCCCGGCGCGCCGGCCUCCGCCCUCGCCCUUCCACUUCACAUUAAAAGAAACACCAAGACGAGCAGCAAUUCCUUUCCCUGAGAAACCUAAUUUGGGCCGCCCAGAAACGACUCCGAACCAAAAUUCUCCGUUGCGAAUUUCCCCGAAGAAGGCAAGCAUAGCAACGCCCGCGCGAGGAACCCUGUUCGAUCGUGAUGGCGGCGCAAUUCCACAACCAAAUUUUACUCCCGGGCAAAACUCGCCUCUGAAGAUGUCCGCUAAAAAAGGCAUUUUUGGGGCCUCUUUCUCAUCCCAACAACCCAUACAACAGCAGAAUGCGACCCCGUUCAAGUCCAGCCUUCUAUUGAGUCCUGCUAGGAAGGUUAUAACACCGUUUAAAAACUCGAUGACGCACGUGCCAACACCGUUGGCCAAGGAGACUCGGUUGCAGACAGAUACGGAGACCGAUGAUGAGACGGUCUCGAUGUAUGAUGAGUCGCCGCUACGAGGACAGAACUUUGAGGUUACGGGGGGAGGUCAGGCUAAUAAGCUCAAUGAGGUUGAUGAGCGUUCAGGUGAUGAGCGUAAUCCCGCGCUAACCCCUGAUGGAAGCCCACUUGCUCGAGAAACCGAGCAGUUAGAGGAAGACCGCUCAGCCGAGUCGGACCAUUCUACGGAGUCCGUUGAAGAGGAAGAUGAAGGGAUGCUUUCAGAAGAAGACGAUGUCUCCCCCCUUAGGGGUCCAGAGCUCGAUGAAGCAGUACAGCAAGCGGAGCAAGAUGUCCAGCUUAUGGUCAAGGAGGCUGAAAAUUUCCUUGCCCAGUCGAUCAAGGAAGAACUAUUGGACUGCCAUAAGGAUGGAGAAGAUGAGAGUUCAACUCCUCAGAUUUCUCACGAGAUGGAAUACGAGAAUGAGCUUGAGGAGGAACUUCUGCAAAAUGACCAAGGACACGGAGAGGCGGAGCAUGGCGAGUCAGAUACCGAGCUCGGGGACGAACCUGAACCAUCACCAUCUCGAUUCGGUCUUGCUGAUGGGCUUGAAGAUGUAUUCACUGAUGAUUACCCCGCUGAGACCAACACUAUCCAUGACGAUGAGGAGGAUGACGAAGAUGAUGAGGUUGUCAUUGAUGUGGACGAUCUCACUUGUUACGGAAAUGAUGAGCCAACACUCGUUGGUGAGGCUGCUGCCGACCAUCUCAUAAGCGCUGGUGCGAUUCAGCCGUAUGAGAUUGAAGAAGUUGAGGACACUCCAUUCAUGAAUUUCCUCCUGACAUACUGGGCACCAACCCUACCGUUCGUCGAAGAACGCGAGCCUAUUACUCCCUUCAAUACGGAGCGAUCACCGUCACCUAUCACGCCGGAAGAAAGCCAAGAUAACGUAUCAAAAAGUCCCUUUCUUCCCAUUAACUCAGAACGAAAUAGUCCGAAUGUGCUUCAGGAGCCAUCUCUUCGCAGCCAAGGCCGACGCUUCACCCUUCUGGCCGAGAAAAUGAGUCAGUGGAAAUCAAGCAGCCCUGCAAACGCCGAGGCAAGACCACGACGUAGAGGCAUUUUCUCUUUGGGGAGACCCAGUGAUAUUGCAAGUGCCGCCUCUCGGACACCAAAAGUGGACAUCUUUGCAAAUGCCCCGACCCUUUCGGCUGAGCCUCUCUGCCAGAUGGAGCCCACUCCUCAAGCGCUCGAUGUUCAUGAAGACAAGGAAGAUGAGGCGGAGAUGGUCGUUGAGGAGGAUGAGGUGGAGGUGGUCGAUGAGGCGGCGGGAUCAGAGUCUAUACGCUCUACGAGGAGCCCGAUGGCUGAGGUCAUGGAGGACGAAAAUCCAGAUGAGCUCAGCAUUUUCAAAGACCUUUCUGAUGGCGAAGACAUAGAGGAAAAGCAACCUGAAGCUGCACAUGUGUCUACUGUUGACCCGUGGGAAGAGGAAAAGGAGAAUGGUGUACCAUCCCCAGCCCCUGCCACACCUGCUAAAAAUCCGUCACUACCCAGACAGACAUAUCAUACUGUCUCGAAGGUGCCUCUGAAACCUGAGGGCGAAGUGUCGCCUUUGAAAACUAACCGCAAGCGUGGUCGAUCUCUGUCAAUAACCUCUCCCGUGCGCUCUUCACCAAGACUUCGCAGCUUCGUUCUCCCUCCGCAGAAGCCUCGUGAGGCUGAAUCUCCACCUCGCAAGUCACCCCGGCUCCAAUAUGGAUCAACCCGGAGAUCUCUGCCUAGUGAAACCCCCAGCAAGCCAGUACCACCUCCGCAGACCAACCGCGCCCGGACACCCUCUCGGUCAGUAAGUCCUGUCAAGUCACCCUACAAACAAGCCUCUGGCUGCCUCUGUGGUGCGGUAGUCUAUGUGGAUGUUCACACUACGGAAGGUGAGGAUGCUAGCGGCAUUUUCAUUGAACUACUCCAGCAAAUGGGAGCUAGAUGUAUCAGGAACUGGUCAUGGAACCCACGGGUGAGCGUGUCCCCGGAAGAGGAUGCGAGUUCCGUAAAUGGCAAGGUUGGGAUUACCCAUGUUGUUUUCAAAGACGGUGGUGUUCGCACCCUGGAAAAGGUCCGGCAGGCGCGGGGCCUCGUCAAGUGCGUGGGGGUCGGCUGGGUUCUGAACUGUGAGGCAAGAAAUGAAUGGGUAGACGAGGCACCGUACGCUGUAGACAGCUCGAUCAUUCCGCGUGGCGGUGCAAAGCGUCGCAAGAGCAUGGAGCCUCGAGCACUGAGUAAUAUCAACGGAACUCUUGUCAAGACGAAUGUCUCUGGGCCAUCUUCAAGCCGUAGGCCGUCCAUGGCUGCAGGAAGCACUUCCAGGAGCGCAACGCCGCUUUCACGCAAUGACCACUCGACACUGGAUGACUACCGAGGGCGCGAAUCUGGCCAUGCCGACGCGGAGAAAUUCUGGCAGACUCCACGAACCCCCAGUGCAGCAGCACUGGGAUACAACCUGGAUAGCAUUGGCAUGUCCCCCGCGACUCCGUUUUACCUGUCUCAGCGAUCAAAACUCGUCCAGCAAACCUGUCCUCCGAAACAAACCCGGCAGGGCCUCUUUUCUAAUGCCUCGGAAGACGCUCCAUCCCGUCAAUUGAAGUCUAGAUUGGAAGCUGCUAGGCGAAAGAGUCUUGCACUCAAGCCUAGUGCUAGAAGUCCCUUUGUUGAGUAA